AUGGCGGAAUGGGUGACUGAGCUGCGCAUUAUGGAGGACGAUGACUUUGUCAACGUCUUCCGCAUCUCGCCUGAACUGCUGGAGUACAUUGCACCUGUUAUGGCCCUCCCCAUGAGCCACUUUGUUGAGAAGCUCGGGAUCCCGCUCGACCUUUGCGUCCUCAUCCCUAUCAAGUACUUUGCCAGCGCCAUGACCUUCAUCGACCUGGGCCUCUACCUCGGCCUGCCCAAGACCAUUGUGCAUCGUAUAGUCGAGGCCUUUCUCAUGCACUUCCUCCGAAGGUUCAAGAAGACCUGGGUCCGCUUUCCUACUGCAGAUGAGAUGGAGGAGAUGGCAUCCGACUUCAAGGAAGUUACAUGCAACAGCAAGGGGAUUGUUUGGGACUACAUCAUUGGUCACCCGGGAUCUAUGCAUCAUCAAGGCGUCUUCCAGCAGUCCGAACUGCACGCCCGCCUCGAGCGUGGGGACCUCGGACCGUACCAGAUCGUCGGUGAUGCUGCCUACCCGCUGCGCAGCUACUGCCUCACUCCUGUGAACGCUACCCGCAAGCGCCUGAUGAAGAGCUGGGAGCAGACGUAUAACUACGUCCAUUCCGCCACCCGCAUGGUUGUGGAGCGGACCAUUGGUGCGCUGAAGGGGAGGUGGUGUCUGUUCGGCCGGCGACACGAGAGCAAGUUGUCGCGCGUGUGUGCGGGGACUGCGUGCAUCAUCAUCAUGCAUAGCAUGAUUCUGCGCACCGACGAGCCAAGGAACCGUACCAUCAAGAAUCAGUGGAGGAAGUGGACGGGCAUCGGUCCACCGUGGUACCACAGGAGUGGCAUGAGGUCCUAUGCCUGGCGUGAUGCUGAAAGUGCUGGACAUGCCGAUUUGCGCAAGCGGAGGAAGCAGUUUGGGAAGCACAUGCAUCGUGCUUACCUCAGGAGGCACCGCCCGUGGCGCCUUGAGCGUGACUAG